GAGACAUCUUGCCAGCACAGAGCGCGACACCUCGCGAAGUAUAGGUGUAUCGCAGCGCGAUUCUGGAGCUUCCAGAAGCGAUCUUGGGCGCUUGGACUUAUCGUUUUGUUUUUCGUAUUUCGUGAAAUAUCUCGACGCCUACGCACAAGAUAUUUUUGAAGCCGUCUCGUGAAUUCUAAAACUGUCUCAUUUCAGCAACACAAGAUCCAAGGAUCUGUUCUCUGACGUCGCAUUACAUUCGAGAGUGUUUAUAGUGGCGCGAUGUAAAAGACUUUACAUAAUACUUAAUAAAGACAGCGUUUUGGAAGAAUUAAAAGAUAAAGAUCCCUUAGAAGAUUAAGAUUGAAUCCUUCAAGAGGAUCAUAAAGAGGUUAACAUUCGUUCAUAAUGCGCGGGUUAAGAUACGUCACGUGAAGUUGGCUGCGAGAUACUAGUUGGUGGAGCAGUCGACCUAACCUAAUCUGUUUUUGUCCUAUCUACUUCGAAACUUGGAUGAAAUCGUCGGUCUUCGGAGAUUUUCGAGUAUUUUGAGGCCGUUCAACUCUUCAGAGAGCCCUGUGAGAUAAACUCAUGACGUCUCCAACGACAUGUAUCUGACGAAGCGUAACGCUUUUAUCAUUUCGGACCUUUCACGUUCAAGAGGACACUAAUGCAAUCGAUAAAGAAGAGUCAACCUUCGGAGACUCGGGCGAGAGAUCAGAAUGAGAAAGAAGAGAAUCGUCAGAGGGAUAUUCAUGAUGGCAUACAGGAAAAAAUGAAGAAGAUGGAGAUGAAAUCAUCUUCGCCUACUAGCCUAUUGGCCAAAAGCAGCCUGAUGUUACCUACUGGAGUCAUCGAACCAAGCGAGCAAGAGGUGAAAACGAAAAUCAAAACAGUGUCUUCCGCAUCUGCUACCGGAAACCCACGAAAUAAAACAGCCUUAGCACCGGGGCAUAGUUUGAUGGACUGGAUCCGUCUUGGUAAUUCAGGAGUCGAUUUAACUGGAGUCGGUGGCGUACCACGAGUCGUAACAUUAUCCGAGCUCGCUAAUCACAACAAGCAAACUGACGCUUGGAUUGCAAUCCGAGGAAUCGUAUUUAAUGUCACACGUUAUAUGGAUUUUCAUCCUGGUGGAGUCGACGAAUUGAUGAGAGGUGUCGGGAAAGACGCCACAAAAUUAUUUGAAAACGUGCACGCUUGGGUGAAUUAUCAGAGCAUUCUGCAGAAAUGCGUCAUAGGCAAGUUAAGUCGUGGCUCCUCGUCCGCGUCGAGUGCUGCUUCCGUGACGGACAAGUCGGCUACGAGCGCGAACAACUGUUCCUCCGUGACGUUGGAUUUUAGCAAAAGUUUCGCCGUACCAAGAGCGGUCGAAGAAAACCUACCGAAUGUAAAUAUAGAUUGGCGGCAAACUUCCAAUUCCAUUACUCUUUUUUAUCAAGCCGUAUACAACUAUCCGGGAAUAUAUUAUCAACUGCAACGGUUGAGUGACUCAAAACUCAUCUUUAGGCUCAUUUUUGAAAAGCACGUAAUUACUCAUGAACUCGAAUUGAUCGCAGAUGUGGAAUGGCCUCCGACGUGUAAGAGGAAUUUUGAUACGAUGCAGGUAGAAUUUACAUUUACAAAGAGGAUCAAAGAUAUUUGGAAGUCUCAAGGAAAGUUAUUGCAGAAUAUAUUAUCGAGAGGAUCAAACAAACGCACGUAUAAAGAAUACGAAGUACUCAGUAAUAUAUCUAUUUGCAGACUAGUUAAUCUAUUAGUCUUGCGUGCAAAAGAUUCUCUAGAACUAAUUCCAAUUGGUAGACAUGUAGAAGUUAAAAUGAAUAUUAUGGGAAUGGAAGUGUCAAGAUCGUAUACGCCUGUCCCACCGUGCCUUCAUCCCGAAGAUAUGGCGCCGAAUUAUCAGCCGGAUUGUAUUUGCUUGAUGGUAAAGCGAUAUCCGAAUGGCGCUCUCAGUCCGUCCAUCACUACGUUACAACCUGGUCAAAUCCUUACAAUGAGCAAUGGUUUAGGUGCCUUUGUAAUCGAAUCAUUCGAUCGAUAUUCUGUCAUCCAUAUGUUGGCAGGUGGAACAGGUUUAACCGCGAUGUUAGGAAUAAUUCAGCGAGCACUGGCGAGGCGCAGCGUGAAACUAAUCAAUCUUUUGAACUUCAAUAAAGAUGAGGACAAUAUGUUUUACGUGUCGCAACUCGAUAAAGUGUCUAUAGAAAAGUUUAAAGUUACACAUAUCCUUUCACAAGCGGGUGAUAAAUGGAAAGGUAGACGCGGCGUCGUGUCCGAUGAAUUGUUAAAAGAAUUGAUUGGCGAGUAUUCGUUAGAGGGAUGCAUAUUUACUUGUGGACCAAAAGGAUUUAUGCUAUCUGCUAAAAAGUGUAUUCAGAAACUUGGUUGGGCAUCUUACCAAAUGUACGAGUUCGAUUCUUAAUCGCCUGCUUGGAAAGUGUCCAAUGUGUUUCUUCCUUUCCAAUAGAACGCCUAACGAGAGACCAGAAUUCGUACCUGUCCAACCACAUGAAUAGUUAAGCAUUCUUAGUUAAGCAUUAUUACGGAAGCUGUGACAACCGAGUGGACCGAAUCAUUAACGUGUCAUUAGUCGAUGUAUAUUUUUUCUGAAAUUAUGAAGAUUUGUAAGCACUUUUACUCCCAUGUCCGCCCAUAACGGUACUUUUUAGCUGCGAUAAAUUGUAAUACUAUCUGUAAAGUAGAUUUACAUGUGAUUUUACAGCUGUGCGCGGCAGUGAGGAAAUAGAAGUAAACUGUUGCGCGAUUUAGAUAAGAAAAUGAGAUAUAUCUCACUAAAUUGGAAGACUGAGUUCUGUCAUUGGGAACAUUGUUCCGUAACCGUUAGAAGGAAAUGUUUGAUUAAAAAGUCACGUUUAAUGAAAACUCGACAUUGGAUUUGAAAUGAGGAAAUUUGAAUGGUAACCACAAUAUUUUAUUUAAAUUUUAACAAUUUUACAAUUGGCAUAUUGGAAAUAUUGACCGUAUCGUGCAUCAGUAUGAUAUGAUGUAGUUAUCACCUAUAUUUGAUGUCAUGUUAUCACUUGGUGUCUUUCAGACAAAUUAGACUGCGGUAAAAAGAAAUAAUUUGUAUGUCAUGUAGAGGGGCGCAUUAGUUAUUCUCAUAGUGCGUCAGAUGAGAUGACUUUUCCUUUGGGAAUUUCAAACGCGUUUAUAGUACAAUAUGCAAUUAAGUGGGUGCAGAGAAGCGCGUAAUAUUGUGUCAAUAUUGUUUCCUGGAUUAUAUAGAGUGUACAAUUUUGUUUUGUAAGGUGAGUGAUCUCAAAUGAAUACGUAUAUAUUAUUUAUGUAAAUAUAUAUUUACGAUCAAGUGUAGUUUCUCUCCUCGAAGACAAACGGCGUAGGAUACUGUGCAUUUACACAUGUGUGUGUAUAUAGGUAUGCAUGCCAGUAUUAAUCGAGAAUAAAUGAAUAUUGAAUGAUUGGAA